AUGAACUGGCUCAAGUCGACUCUCUCCGCCGUCGUGGGCACUGAGGAGCCUAUCUAUGGCCCAGAGGCUAUCCAGUCUGUGGCCAAGCAGACCGAGACUACUCCCUUCACCAAUGUUAACAAGGAGAUUCUGCGCUGGCGCGCGCACUCCUACACCAAUGUCGAGACCCAGACCUUCUACAUCAUGGCCGACAAUGGAACAGUGGUUUUCGUCCAAGUGAUCUACAGCAACAUUGUUGGAAUCCACACCACCGCUCAGUUCAACGUGAAGAUUUUCGACCUCAGCGGAAAGGGCGACAACAAAUGGUACUCGGACCCACUCUCUAACUUCAUGUUUGAUGAGCACAUGCUCUCAUUCGGUGCCGACAACCUGUCCCUGACUCUCAACGAAGAGGGCAACUCCUACACAAUCAAGUCUACCGUCAACGACGGUAGCAUUGUGGACCUCAAAUUCUCCCAGACCGCGCCUGGCUUCGUUGUCGGCAAGGACGGAACCUCAUACUUCGGCACUGACCCCAAGAACCCAUGGGGAUCUAUGCGCCAUGCCUUCUGGCCCCGUUGCUCCGUCGAGGGUAACAUUGCCACCAAGGACAAGACUUACGACCUGGCCGGUCGUGGUGUUUUCAUCAUGGCUUUGCAGGGCAUGAAGCCUCACCACGCAGCUGCCCGCUGGAACUUCAUCAACUUCCAGACCCCCACUUACUCCGCCAUCAUGAUGGAAUACACCACUCCUCCCUCUUACGGUUCCACCAAGGUCAACGUUGGCGGUAUUGUCAAGGACGGUGAGGUGGUCUACGCCGGAGCCACCAACAGUGUCGAGCACACAGAAACCGCCCAAGAUGAGGGAAGUGAAUGGCCCGCGCCCAAGUCCAUCAAGUGGGACUGGACCGGCCAGACCACCGAUGGCAAGGAACUCACCGCCGAGGUCAACGGUGCUCUUGGCCCACGACUUGAUCGCAUCGACGUGAUGGCCGAGGUGCCAGGCUUUAUCAAGAGCAUUGCUGGCAGUGUCGCCGGUACCAGGCCCUACAUCUUCCAGUACUCCCCCCAGGACAAGCUUUCUUUGAAGCUUAACAUCGGCGGUGAGGAGGUCACCGAAGAGGGAACCAUGUUCUCCGAGUCUACCUUCAUCUCCUAG